AUGCCUGACGAUACCCCGAUUGCAGUGAUCGGCCUGUCCUACCGUGCUCCUGGCAUUGGCAGGACUGGAAUAUGGGACUACUUGGCGCAGGCUCGAUCUGCUUGGACCGACAUACCUUCUGAUCGUUUCGAAAAGUCUGCUUAUUACAAGCCUGGAGCUGACAAGUCUGGCGUGUUCCGUGCAGAAGGCGCCCACUUCGUACCGGACGACAUCUAUGCAUUCGAUGCAGGCUUCUUCAACAUGCGCGCCGAGGAAGCACAAAACUCGGAUCCUCAACACCGCAUGAUGCUUGAGUGUGUUUUAGAGGCUGCUGAAGAUGCGGGCAAGUCUCUUCUUGAUCUUGCUGGUCAGAAGAUUGGUGUCUUUAUCGGAAGCGGUCAACAUGAGUACUCUCAACGUCUUGGUGAUGACCAAUUCUCUGCCAAAACCUUUUCAGCUACAGGUGUGGCUCCUUGCAUGGCUGCCAAUCGAGUCUCGUAUUUUCUGGACAUCGACGGACCAAGCAUCACCUUGGAUGCGGCCUGUGCAAGCAGUGUCUACGCAGCACACCAGGCUGUUUCCGCCCUGCGCAACGGCGAGUGCACCUCGGCAUUUGUCGGAUCUGCCGCUUUGAGUUUGGGUCCAGGUGGAUGGCUCGCACUCGAAAAGACUGGUGCACUCUCGGAACACGGCAGAAGUUUCUCAUACGACUCCAAAGCAUCAGGCUUUGGUCGUGGUGAGGGCGCUGCAUGCCUCUUGAUCAAACGUGUCGAGGAUGCGAUCAGGGAUGGUGAUCCCAUUCAUGCAAUCAUCCGUAAUUCCGCCUGUAACCAUGGUGGUCGAUCAGAUGGCAUCACUCUGCCCAAUGUUGAAGCUCAGAAGAGACUUUUGCGACAAGUUCAUCAGUCUGUUGGCCUGGAUCCUGCCGAGACUCCUGUUGUUGAGGGCCACGGUACUGGCACAGCUGCUGGUAACUGCGCUGACAGCAACAGCGAUCCUAUCGAAGCCAGCGCCUUUACAGCUGUUUUGGCUAAAGACAGGGGUGCAUCUAACCCGCUUUACAUUGGUUCGAUCAAGUCUAACUUUGGCCAUCUUGAGGGAGCUAGCGGGAUCCUUGGAAUGGUGAAAGCCAUCCUGAUGCUAGAGAAUGAGAUAAUUCUUCCUACCGCUGGUUUCGAAAAGAUCAAUCCUCGGAUCGUGGAUAAGGAAAAGAUCAGAGUUGCCGACGUACCUGUCCCAUGGCCAACUGGAGAAGCUAGAAGAGCCAUCGUUACAAACUUUGGAUUUGGAGGCAGCAACGCCGCAGUGAUUCUCGAGCGAGCUCCACCAAACCUCGUUGAGAAUGGUGUCAAUGGACAUGCCGCCUCUCUGGAGACUAAGAAACUCUUGGUUUUCUCUGCUCGCACUGCGAAAAGCUUGCAGGACUACUUGGCUUCGUUCGGAGACUAUCUCAGCGAAGCUCCAGACUCGCCAAAAUUGCUGAAAGAUCUUGCUUACACGCUUGGUCAACGCCGAACGCAUCACCCUCACCGUGUCGCCAUAGUUUCUGAUUCCAUAGCUGGGUUGCAGGAUCAGACAUCGACUUCCAAGGCAGUCCGAAACAAGGAUCCACUAAUCGCCUUCGCUUUCACUGGACAAGGUGCACAAUACGCUCAAAUGGUCUCUAGGCUACAGAAUUACCCGGUGUUUGCGGCAGCUAUCGAUAAAGGCGAGAGCAUCCUCGAGAGUCUAGGUGCUUCUUGGUCUCUCAAAGAAGAGCUUGCCAAGUCAAGUUCAGAUUCUCGCAUCAACGAAGCCGAGAUCAGUCAGCCUGCCUGCACUGCCAUACAACUGGCAUUGGUCAAGCUGCUCAAAGCCUGGAACAUCGCCCCGAACACAGUGGCCGGUCACUCUAGCGGAGAGAUCGCCGCGGCCUAUACCGCUGGCCUUUUGUCCUUUGAGACUGCGAUCGCCCUUGCAUUCUUUCGCGGCCAGGCAGCAGCCCGCCUAAUUGAACAACAGGUCCAGCAGCAGGCUUCGAAAGGUGCUAUGCUGGCUGUCGGUGCAGGCCUCGAACAAGCAUCUCACCUCAUCAAACGACAUGCCAAAGGCUACGCAACUGUUGCAGCCAUCAACAGCCCGCAAAGUGUGACCAUCUCUGGCGACGAGUCGGCCAUUGAGGACAUCCAUGCGGCUGCCGAGGCAGAGGGCUUGUUCAGUCGUAAGCUGAAAGUUAGUUUGGCAUAUCAUUCGCAGCAUAUGCAGGGUGUCGCCGACUUUUACCUCGACGCCAUUACGCCUUUCUGCAGGAACCCCGUCACUGAUUCCAUUGAGGCAGGCGGCGCCUCACCUAUCUUCGUGUCUUCGGUCACAGGUACUGUACACGAUGCUACCACAAUCGAUGCCUCUUACUGGGUUCAAAAUCUCGUUCAGCCGGUACUUUUCGCAGAUGCGAUGAAGACCGUUUUGACCGCGCCUGGGCAUACCGGCCGUGCUCCGAACAUCAUCGUGGAAGUUGGACCUCAUGCUGCUUUGAAGGGCCCAAUCAAACAGACCGCGGAAGCUAUGUCGACUAAGCAGGCUCAGGCCCCAUCUCUCAACUACAUCCCAUCGUUGGUGCGCGGAUCCGAAGACGUCGAAGCAAUGCUGAGUCUUGCUGGUUCUCUAUACACUUUGGGAAAUUCCGUUGACCUUGGAGAGGUCAACAGGACUCACAAGCACAACGCUAGUGUUGUCACUGACGUCCCAAAGUAUUCCUGGGACAAGUCAACAAGCUACGAGAUCAGACCUCGUGCGACCGCGGAGAAGUUGUUCCCCGGUGAGCCCUAUCAUCCACUCAUUGGAAGGAGAGUUGUCUCGGAUGGAGGCAAGGAUCGCGCCUACAGACAGGUUUUCACUCUCGACGAGAUGCCUUGGAUUCGUGAUCACAAUGUGGCGGGUGCAGUAAUCUUCCCGAUGACUGGCUACAUGUCUUGUGCCAUUGAAGCCGCAAGAAGGACAGUAAGCACCCCUGCGGCCGCGUUCCUGGUCAAAGACUUCCACGUUGUGAGAAGCAUGGAGAUCAAGGAAGAAGAGUCAGUCGAUAUGGUCACCAAGAUCAAGCCCGCUGCGACCGGAACAGGUUCCUUCUCUGCCACGGCUUGGUCUUUCGAGAUAUCCACUUGGACGCCUGCUAACGGAUGGACCAUUCAUGCCUAUGGUCAAGUCGAGCCAGAGAUUCAAGACAUGAGCUCCGAGACACCGACGCUCAAAGCUACAUUGCCCCUCAUUGACAAGACCUCAACGAUGAUUGAGCACGACAUCGCGUAUGCAUACGAGCAUGCCGGUGUCAGAGCCACACGUUACGGUCCCACGUUCCAGAACACUGUUGGGUUCUGGGAAGGCGACAACUUCACUGUCCUCGAGCAUCGCUUGCGAGAUAUGGGCACGGACUUGCACAACGCAGGGCGUUAUGGCUCUCAUGUUACGGUCGAUCCACCUACCCUCGAUGGUUUCCUUCAAGGUGGUGGGCCGCUCCAGAAGACUGAAGACGGCAGAAAACCUGCUCAAAUGCCGAACUACAUCAGCCGCUUCCGCAUCUCCAACAAGAUACCAGCCACACCCAAAGGCAGAUUUGAUAUCGUCACUAGUCUGCUACACUACGAUACCAAGGGUGGCCGUAUGCAGAUCAGCGUCGCUGCCUUUUACCGAGGUGACGAUGACGAUAGCCUGCCAAUCCCUGUCGCUGAAUGGGAAUCUGUGGCCUUCCGCUCGAUUGGUUCGGCCGAAGAAGAGAUCGACCCAGCAUCCAGUGUCCCCGAUCAUUGGGCUUGGGACUUACUACCCAAGUUUGAUAUGCUCCCCUUGGAUGAGUUGAAGAAGAGACUUUCAGUAGGCAUUCUACCUAGCACCGAACUCCAGCGUGCGCAUAACCUAGAGAGAGCUGCUGCUUAUUACAUCGAUCGCGCGCUGAGAGAGACGACUAACGGCGACCGCACGCGAUUGCCCUACCACCUCUCCCGCUUUGUGAAUUGGGCCAUCAGAGCAGUGAAGAAAUACGGUGUAACCUUCGACACGGAACCGACAGCUUUGCUUGACGAUGUCAGGAGCAAAGAUGCUCAAGGCGAGUUGCUUUGCAUUGUUGGCGAUGAGCUCGUCCGCAUUCUGCGUGGCGAAUUGGAGACGCUCGAGCUCAUGCUCAUCGACAACCGCCUCACUCGACAUUACGAGGCAGAUGUCACCAAUGGCCACCUCAGUAAGAUUCUGGGCGAUCUGGCCGACAACCUUAGUGAUCUGGAACCCAAUCUACAAAUUCUAGAGAUCGGAGCCGGAACCGGUGGUACGACACUGCCUAUACUCGAAGCCUUGACAAGGGGAAGAGACGAAGCUGCGCUGCUCAGUUAUACCUUUACCGACAUCUCUUCGGGUUUCUUCGAGAACGCUCGUGUCAAGUUGGCGAAGUGGUCUGACCGCAUCACAUACAAGAAGCUCGAUAUCGGUCAAGAUCCCUUGGCACAAGGCUUUGCGCCUGGGGAAUUCGACAUCGUGGUUGCUGCAAACGUCUUGCAUGCCACUUCCAACAUGAUGACAACCAUGACGAAUGUACGGACCCUUCUCAAGCCUCGAGGAAAGCUGUUCCUUCUGGAGGCGAAUCAGCAUCCCACUUCGGUCCUACCAUUCUCACUUCUUCCCGGGUGGUGGUAUGCCGAGGAUGACUAUCGCGAUCGCGAAGAGGGGCCGAUGUUGCCAGUCCCUGUCUGGGACCGUCUAUUGAAGGACGCAGGCUUCUCUGGUGUUGACAUCAGCAUCUCGGACCGUCCUGGGAUUGAACAGAUGAUGGGCAUUAUGUGUUCUACCAGGGUCGGCAAAGACGUGGAUCGCUCCAUGAUUGUUUCCGGGGCCUUCAUGGAAGAUGAUGAGGUGGAGUAUGCGCAGUCUGUGGCUGACACUAUCUCUGGAAAGCUUGGCCUUCCUGUUGACAUCAGGCCUAUCGCCGAGAUUGAUACCACUGAAGACCCAUACUACAUCUUCUUAGACUCUGCCAAGGACAGCCUGGUUCAAAACAUGUCCGCAGAGAAGUUUGAAUUGCAUCAGAGCCUGCUUUUGCACAACUCCGGACUGUUAUGGGUCAUGCCAGAAGAUGCAUCUCCUGAUGCCAAAUCCAUCAAGGGCAUACUCCGCACCCUGCGUCUUGAGACCGAUCCAAAGAACCUCCUGAUCAUUGAAGGUGCCCCACGCACCCAAGAAGGACUCGCUGGAAUCGCCAAGCUUACCCAAACGCUUCGCGAUCCCGAAGUCACACGCACUCAGGACCAGGACUUUGUAUGGCACAAAGGCUCAAUCCAUUUCCCUCGUAUGAGACAGUUGAAAGAGGUCAAAGAACAAUUCGCCAUCGAGCGCGGAAUUGCUUUCCGCAAGCAACUCAACCUCUGGGAGGGAGAGCGAGCUCUCGAGAUGACCAUCGAUACAGCUGGCAGUCCGGACUCCAUCUUCUUUCGCAGGAUUGAUGUCUUGCAGCAAGCUGUAAAGACUGACGAGAUCUUAAUCAAGGUCGAGGCGGCUGGCCUCAGCUCCAGAGAUCUUGAUCUGAUCCUCGGUACAAUCCCUUGGUCGACCCCUGGCUUUGACGGAGUUGGCAAGGUCGUCGCAGUGGGCAGUGAAGUCGAGGGCUUGCAGCAAGGUGAUAGCGUUGCUUUCCUCUCAGCUGAGGGAAGCGCUUUCUCGACUUACAAGAAGUUGCCAACCUCGCUUGCAUGCAAAGUCCCAUCGACUCUGGAGACGAAUGAGGCUGCAAGUCUUCCGAUGGCCUACACGAUUGCGGUAAUGGCACUACAAAUUACCGCAAGACUUAGAAGAGGUGAGACUGUGCUUGUACAUGCAGCAACCGGUGCGGUCGGUCAGGCUUGCAUCGUCUUGGCGCAGCACUUUGGCGCUCGAGUGUUCGUAACGGCUGGUAACGAAACCAAGAGAGAGUUCCUGCACAAGACGUUUGGUAUUCCCCAUGAGCAGAUCUUCUCCAGCCGCAAUGCUCAAUUCAGAGACAGCAUCCUGUGCGCCACGAACGGUAAAGGCAUCGACGUUGUUGUCAACUCCCUAAGCGGGGAGCUGAUGACAGAGACUUGGUCGUUGACUGCCAAGGGCGGCCGCUUCAUCGAGAUUGGCAAAAAGAAUGCGUUUCAGAGCCAUUUGUUAUCCAUGAAACCGUUCGACAGUAACGUGGCUUUCAGCAGCAUCGAUAUUCGAGAUCUUUACACACAACGCCCAGAGGAGGUCAAGGACAUAUUUGCAGAAGUCUCCAGGUUGAUUCGAGGCAAUGUCGCUGUACCGACCAAGUCGGUUACUGUUCUGCCCAUCUCCGAUUUCUCAUCCGGACUGCGCAAGAUCAAGUCGGGGGAAAGCAUGGGCAAGAUCAUCUUUACCUUUGGUACUCACGAUGAGGUUAUCGCAGAAAGUGACUUGCAGCCCACGCCUGUCUUGAUGAGAACCGACGCGACUUACCUGAUCACCGGUGGCACUAGAGGUAUUGGACUUGAUCUUGCGCAGCUCAUGAUCGAUCUCGGAGCUCGUAAUAUCGUUCUGCUAGGUCGCAGCGGUGGGUCUAGUCAAGAAGUUCAGAAACUCUUGCAGAAGUAUGCGCAUACCGACGUUCAUGUCGAAGCUUUCGCUUGUGAUGUCGGCUCUCCAGAGCAGUUGCAAGAUAUUGUGGACGUCAUCGGCAAGGAUCUUCCUCCCGUCAGGGGCGUUAUUCACAGCGCUCUUUUGUUGAGUGACAAACUCUUUGAGUUGGCCACCUAUGAAGAUUGGCAGAUCAUCACAGGUCCUCGAGUGCGAGGAGCAUGGAACUUGGACCAUUGUUUCCCAGAAGGCCUCGACUUCUUCAUCAAUCUUUCGUCCUUCCUGGGAGAUACUGGCAACGUUGGACAAGCCAUAUACGCAGGCACGGCGGCAUUCUAUGACGGCUUCACUCAGUACCGCAAUGCUCGUGGCCAACACACUGUAUCGAUUGCUCUGCCCGUUGUUCUCGACGUCGGGUACGUGGCGCAGAACGACUUGAGCGAGUCUCUCAAGCAGACCCUUGGUGCUACUUUGACCAUGGCUGAUAUCCGGGCUGCCGUGAAGGGUGCAAUCUUUGGAAAGAGCUCGCCGUUCCACCAUGAUGGUAAAAUCGCUGCCUUCAAGAUGUAUCUGGACGGACAAGCUGUACAGAACGGGCCCUGGAAAUACUUCCACCCUGUCCACACCAAGGAGAGACUUAUCGCCGAGGCGAGCAGAAGAAAGAAGGCCGGGGUUGAGGGAGACACGGGAUUGUCUACGGCGUCGUGGACAGCGGCGGAAGAUCCGCUUACUGGAUUGCUCGAGGCGCUUAUUUCGAAGGUAUCCGCCAUGACCAUGAUCGAGCGCGAGGACGUAAGAGGAGACGUGCCCCUUGCUUCCUACAGUCUUGACUCACUCGUUUCUGUCGAAUUGCGCAACUGGAUUCGAAGGGAGACGAGCGUCGAGCUGGCGUUGAGUGCCAUCUUGCAAGCCGAAAAUUUGCAAGCAUUGGCCGAGAACAUCUUAAUUCAAAGAGAAGCCGCAAAGUAAAGAUAGUCAAUAGUCCAGUCUGUCGACUGAUAAUUGAUGUACUGCAG